CUGACUUUGCCUAUGCACACAAAAGAAGAGAAGAGAAUAGAAGAGGGAAAAGACUCUGAAGAUGGAAGCAAACACCAACUCUGUUAUGCCUCUCUUUACUCCUUACAAACUGGGAAGAUUUGACCUCUCUCAUAGAAUAGUUUUUCCAGCGCUAACGAGGAACAGGGCACAGAAUAAUAUUCCACAGCAGCCACAUGCAACUGAAUAUUAUGCUCAAAGAGCUACUAAUGGAGGCCUUCUCAUUUCUGAAGCUGCUGCUGCAUCUGAUAUUUCUCAAGAGUGCCCAAACAUUCCUGGAAUUUGGAGUGAGGAACAAGUGGAAGCUUGGAAACCAGUAGUGAAAGGUGUUCAUGAGAAAGGAGGUGUCUUCUUUUGUCAAAUUUGGCAUGCAGGCCGCUUGUCCGUCCCUACUCUUAGUGCCUGGUUUUUUGUCGGUCCCUGCGUGGCUACGAGACCUGCAGAUGGUCAAGUAUAUGAGAAACCAACAUCUCGUCAUUUGAAAUCUGAUGAAAUCCCUUGCAUUGUCAAUGAUUUCAGGAUCGCAGCCCGUAAUGCGAUUAAAGCUGGAUUUGAUGGAGUUGAGAUCAAUGCUUCAAAUGGAGGCUACCUAAUUGACCAAUUCAGUGAUGGAAGUAUUGAGGACCGUUGUCGCCUUGCCCUGGAAAUAGUAGAAGCAGUUGUCAAAGAAAUUGGAGCUGAUAAAGUUGGUAUAAAAAUAUCUCCUUUUUCAGAUUGUGAUGGCAAAAAGGACUCAAAACCAGAUGCAGUAGCAAUUUACAUGGCGAAUGAACUAAGCAAACUCGGUAUUCUUUAUCUUCAUGCGACUGAGCCAAGAGAAGCAGUUAAAGGUCUUCUUCCCAUUAGGAAGGCUUUUAAGGGGACACUUAUUGCUACUGGUGGUUAUAAUAAAUUUGAUGGGGAAAAUGCCAUAGAUGAGAGUUAUGCAGAUUUGAUCUCAUUUGGACGUAUGUUCUUGGCUAAUCCAGAUUUACCUAAGCGUUUCAAGGUUAAUGCGCCACUUAACAAGUAUAAUAGGAGCACUUUCUACACUAAUGAUCCAGUUAUUGGCUACACUGACUAUCCAUCUCUUGAAGUUGCUUCCUAA